CAAUUGCUUUGGAGUCGGUUUUAAUUAUCGUUCAGUUAUGGUUAUUCCUCUUUAAACAAAUGAUUUUAAAAUAAACAUUCAACCACUUGAAUUGAUUGACUUUCUUUACUACAUACUUAACUAGAUAACAAUAUUUGCUAAAAUGUCGUGGUACAAUGAACUAAUGAAUUCUACUUUUUCAAUAAUUUUCUACGGUUUUUUCUUAAUUCUUACCUUGUGUUGUGUUAUUGCUAUUAUAAUUGAAAGAUAUCGUUAUAAAAAACUUUCAGUUUUAGAUUUAAAAAAUAAACAUGUAGUGAUCACUGGAGGUUCCAGUGGUAUUGGCAAAUCUUUAGCAGUUGAAGCUAUUCAAAGAGGUGCAAAUGUAACAUUAAUUGCUCGUGAUGAGCAAAAGCUCAGUAAUACAAAAAGAGAUAUUAUCCAGCAUUGUAUUUAUUCUACACAGAGAGUUUUUACGGCAUCAUUGGAUCUAGCUACUCAUAAUUACGAGGAAAUAGAGAAAGCUUUACAAUCAAUUGAACAAGAAGGUGGUCCUAUUUUUAUGUUAUUUAAUUGUGCUGGAACGGCAAUUUGUGGGAAGCUUGAAGAUAUUUCUCCUUCAGACAUUCGGAAACUGCAUGAUUUGAAUUGCCUCGGAAGCAUUAUGACUACUCGAGCUGUAAUUGAAGGGAUGAAAUCAAGAGGCGAGGGGCAUAUCAUUUUUGUAUCAUCUCAAAGCGGGCUUCUCGGCAUCUAUGGCCUAACAGCUUACAGCUCCUCAAAAUUUGCCCUGCGUGGCUUUGCAGAAGCUCUUCAGAUGGAGGUUCAAAGUUACGGCAUAAAAAUCACUGUAGCUUAUCCUCCAGAUACAGACACUCCAGGAUUUGCUAUAGAAAAUCAGGGUAAGCCGAAAGAGACAAAAUUGAUAUGCCAAUCUGCUGGACUAUUCCAACCUGAAGUCGUCGCUGGCCAAAUGUUCCGAGAUGCUAUGGCCGGUAGGUUUGCUACCUCUGUCGGAGCUGAUGGAUUUAUGUUAACGACAUUAACAGCAGGAAUGUCUCCGUGCAGAUCAGUCUUGCAGUUUAUGAGUGAGUUAUUUUUAAUGACUGCAUUCAGAGUUGUAGCUGUUUGUUACCUCUUCAGCUUCAAGAAGAUAAUCGAGAACUGCAUGGUCGCUAAAAACAAGUCGAAGAAACCGCAAUAAUUAGUGAACCUGAUGGCGAUACCAAAGGU